AAGGCUCCGUGAGCCAGGGGGCGGGGAGAGGGUGGGCCAUCAUGGCCGCCGCCUGUGCGCCUAUUCCCGGGACUUGUGGGAGCCCUGCUGACCCGCGGCGUUGACACCGCGGAACCGCCCUUUGCCCUCACCAGCAGAGUCUUGGUUGGUCCCGAGCAGCUCUGCGAGGCUGCGGCCGGAGAGGGAGCCAUGGGGACUGUACACGCCCGGAGUCUGGAACCUCUCCCAUCAAGCGGUCCUGAUUUUGGUGCAUUGGGAGAAGAAGCUGAGUUUGUUGAAGUUGAACCUGAGGCUAAACAGGAAAUUCUUGAAAACAAAGACGUGGUGGUUCAGCAUGUUCAUUUUGACGGACUUGGAAGAACUAAAGAUGACAUCAUCAUUUGCGAGAUUGGAGAUGUUUUCAAAGCUAAAAACCUUAUCGAGGUAAUGCGGAAAUCUCACGAAGCCCGAGAAAAGUUGCUUCGCCUAGGAAUUUUUAGACAAGUGGAUGUUCUGAUUGAUACAUGUCAAGGAGACGAUGCACUUCCCAACGGCUUAGAUGUGACCUUCGAAGUAACUGAGCUGAGGAGGUUAACGGGCAGCUACAACACCAUGGUCGGGAACAAUGAAGGCAGUAUGGUACUUGGCCUUAAACUCCCUAAUCUUCUGGGACGUGCAGAGAAGGUGACUUUUCAGUUUUCCUAUGGAACAAAAGAGACUUCGUACGGCCUAUCUUUCUUCAAACCACAACCCGGAAACUUCGAAAGAAAUUUCUCUGUAAACUUAUAUAAAGUUACUGGCCAGUUCCCCUGGAGCUCACUUCGGGAGACAGACAGAGGAGUGUCAGCCGAGUACAGUCUUCCCAUAUGGAAGACCAGCCACACCGUCAAGUGGGAAGGCGUGUGGCGAGAACUGGGCUGCCUCUCCAGAACAGCAUCGUUUGCAGUUAGAAAAGAAAGCGGACACUCACUGAAGUCUUCUCUUUCGCAUGCCAUGGUCAUCGACUCUCGGAACUCUUCCAUCUUACCCAGGAGAGGCGCUCUGCUCAAAGUGAACCAGGAGCUGGCAGGCUACACCGGAGGAGACGUGAGCUUCCUAAAAGAAGAUUUUGAGCUUCAGUUGAAUAAACAGCUCGUGUUUGAUUCCGUUUUCUCAGCAUCUCUGUGGGGUGGAGUGUUGGUCCCCAUUGGUGAUAAGCCAUCGAGUAUUGCUGAUAGGUUCUACCUGGGGGGGCCAACGAGUGUCCGUGGAUUCAGCAUGCACAGCAUCGGGCCACAGAGCGAAGGAGACUACCUGGGCGGAGAAGCAUACUGGGCCGGCGGCCUGCACCUGUACACCCCGCUGCCUUUCCGGCCCGGCCAGGGCGGCUUCGGAGAACUUUUCAGAACACACUUUUUUCUCAACGCAGGGAACCUCUGCAACCUCAACUACGGGGAGGGCCCGAAAGCCCACAUUCGUAAGCUGGCCGAGUGCAUCCGCUGGUCUUACGGUGCUGGGAUCGUCCUGAGGCUCGGCAACAUCGCUCGGCUGGAGCUCAAUUACUGCAUCCCCAUGGGCGUGCAGGGUGGCGACAGGAUCUGCGAUGGUGUCCAGUUUGGAGCUGGGAUUAGGUUCCUGUAGCUGUCGCACCUUCCAGAGCAGCUCGGAGACGUGGGGAACAGUGCGUCACCAGCCACACGUCGUCUCUGCAUCAACGCAGCCGAGCGCGUCUUUGACAGCGGUCCUUGGGGAAAGCCGUGUCAAUAAAUUUUACAGACGGAUGCUCA